AUGCGAAGAGGGGCUGAGCCGUCCCCGGAAGAAACUCAACGUAGGGCUGCCCUUUCGAGUAAGAGUUUUAGGAAUAGGAUUACAGGUAAGGGCGAUCUUUUCGUGAAAGGGCCUGACCUGCCUGAAGAAGUCAAGGAACUGCCCGACGUAGGCAAGGAGAGGACUGAGAUAGCAAAGAAGAAAUUAGAGAGGGAGGAAGGCCUUUCCAAGAAGGAACUUCGGAAGAGUAAGAAAGCUAGAGAGAAGGCCGAGAGAAAAGCCAGUAGGGGCUCGGGUCGUUUUUCGAAGAGAACCAACUCCAAACUUGCAGGCAGCGUCUCGGACAUCAGCGAUGGAAAAGAAGAAGAGGAGGAUGAGGGAGAAACCAUGGUGACACAACUGGAGCCGGAGCCAGAACCGAUUGCUGAAAUGGAUAUAUUGAGAACGGCACGCAUUUCGAAGACGGCCGUUGCAAUGGAUCUUAUUUACAAGUACCCCGAGGUGAAGCUAACCCCAUAUGGUAGUGGCUGGGCCAUGGAUUCGUUCGCGCUAAUUCAUAAUGCGAUCAAAGCCGAGAUACGUGAUUUGUUUGAGAUUGGGAAUGUGAUGCAGCGGCGCAAGUUGCUGCUCACAAUGGAACAUAUUGAGGUGUUUUACGAGUGGUGGGCAGAUUUCAAAGAGUUCACGUUGGAAGCGCUGUCGAUUGAGGAAGAUGUAUUCUACACCUGGGUUGCUUCGAAAGACUAUUUACGAGGAGCCUUCAAAAAAACCGAACGGAUGCGCGUGAAUGGGGCGACGCGUAACUUGGUGACAAACAUCUCGGAUUAUCGCGACAAGUUUCUGCCGUAUUUGCCAGUGGGAGAGAGACUAGAUGGGCUUUUGGUGCAGUUCAACGAAUUCAAGACACUGCUCGAGCACUACGACGCCAUUGCAGCGUCGUUACCAGCUUACAUCGAGACGCUGUUCAAGCAAAAAGAGAGGGACGCCACGGUGAAAGAGUUGGUAGCCGAAUUCCGUCGAAGAGAUGGGUACAAUCGAAACUUGGUAUUACUGGUGCGCUGGAUGCCUGAUCGGAACAUGAGGCGGUGGGCUCUUUCGCACCUGAAGCCAAAGGACCUGAUUCACUUCAAAGGCUGGCGCCGUGUAAUCCAGGAAGAGCACUGUCGUUUGGCGCUAUCGUUCGAAAACAUCGUGAUGGGGCCCGCAGAGGAGGAUAUGGGAGCUCCAGUGAUUGGGGCGGCUAUGGCCAUCAACGAGGAAAUGAGGGAACAUAUCAACAAAAACCGAGUCUCAGUUAGGUCGCUUCCUAAUGCUGGGGUGAGCAGCUAGGCUGUCGAAGGCUGUGGAAGGCCGUUUCCGUAUGCUUUUCUAGAGUAUCGUCUUCUACGCUUGUAGCGAGGAAGGAAUGUUUCACACCACGAGAUAUUGUAGUAGACUAAAAGCCUCUCACAAGGAUAGAAUGAGGUACUGUAUUUCUGUAAUUGGUUGGUCCGGAUGAGUGCGAGAAAAUUGAAAAAGUACCAGUCUUGUUGCAUUCAGGUGCACCCUCGAAUAUUGAGCUCUGGAGGACCGUAUCUGGCACCAACGACAAGAAAA